AUGUCAAGCUUGACUUCAAAUAACAAACUUGGCGAGCUCGUGUCGUCGAUUUCUUCGGCGGCGGCGGACAUGUCGGCAUUUUGUGACAAACUCGGGCUGGGCAGCAUCUCGUCGACUGCUCCACUUGACAUCAAACUCACAGCCCAGAACCAGCCCUACUUCACGGCCAAGGCCGCGCUCGUGGGUUUCGCAGAGGAGCUGAUCCGGCUGGUGCGCGGACCCAGGGAUCACCUGCUCGCCCUGAGCUUCGAACACUGCGCUUCGGCGUCGCUGCAGAUAAUCAUCAAAUACAAACUGGCCAGCCACGUCCCCCUCCAAGGGGCCACGACGUGCCAAGCCAUCGCGGACGCGGUGGGCAAGCCCGAGAUGCAACCGGCGCUCGUCGGGCGCAUCAUGCAGCACGCCAGCUCCUACGGCCUGUUCGAGGCGAGACCCGGAGGCGCGGUGGCCCACAACGCGGCCUCGGCCAUGCUGGCGACGGACCCGGACCUCGCGGCCUGGAUGAACCUGAGCGCCACCGUCGCCUACCCGGCCGGCGCGUCGCUGCCCGGCGCCCUCGCGGCCUACGGCUACAGCAUGGAGGCCGACGAGGCGGCGUACGGCGUGUCGAUCGGGCGCAGGGUGUCGCAGUUCCAGCGCUUCCGCGAGCCCGACGGCAGCGACCUGCACGAUAUGUUUGCCGGCGCCAUGCGGGGCAUCGCGGCCGGCGGCGCCUACGACCUGCGCCACGCCGUCGACGGCGGCUACCCGUGGCACGCGCUCGAGGCCGCCGACGGCGGGCACCUGGUCGUCGACGUCGGCGGCGGGUCCGGACACGUCUGCUUCGCCCUGGCCGCCAGGCACCCGCGCCUCCGCUUCGAGGUCCAGGACCUGCCCGAGACGGUCGCCGUGGCCGAGAGGUCCUGUCCGGCCGAGCUCAGGCGCAGGAUCCGCUUCCGCGCCCACGACUUUAUGACGCCGCAGCCGGCGCGCGACGACGGCCGAGGCGGCGCGGAGGCGGUGGCUUACUUUUGCCGUUUUAUCCUGCACGACUGGAGCGACAAGUAUGCGCAAAGGAUCCUCCAGGGGUUGGCCUCGGCCCUCCGCCCGCAGGACCGCAUCAUUGUCAACGAGGCCAUCGUGCCGGAGCCCAACUCGGUGGACGCUGAAAAGGAGCGAAGGAUGCACGACCGUGACAUGUUGAUGCUUAUGAACCUGAACGGUCGGGAGAGGACCAUGGAGGCGUUUCGGGGGUUGUGUGACUCGGUGCAGCCCAGGCUCAAGGUGCACGAGAUUCACCAUCCUGCCCAAGGCGAGUUGUCAUUAAUCGAGCUGAAACGGUGCGAUGCCACCUUUUAA